GUCCUCCCGCCACUCAUCUCCAUCCUCCCAGCUAAAACCCUAACCCUAACACCUCGAGCUCGUCCAUGGCGGCCAAGGCGGCGAUCCUCGUCCGAGCCCACUCCAUCCUCCGCAAAACCCUAAAACCCUCCUCCUCCUCCUCCUCCGCCGCCGCCGCCGCCACCCCCCUCCGCGCCAUCUCCACCUUCCCCUUCCUCUUCCAGGAGCCUCAGCUCGAGGAACCCCCUACCCCCGCCGCGGCGCCGCCGCUCCCUCCAAACCCGUCCACCGGGAGCCCAUUCUACCAGGAGAACUGGCGGAACCCCAGCGCCGCCGCCGCCGCCGUCGGCGGCGCUUCGUCGCUGGUCCCCGUCUCCUCUGCCGCCGCCGCCACCUCCAGCAGGAUGAUGGCGUUCUCGCAAACCCUAGACGGUGCGAACCUGAUGGACGUGUUCGCCGAAUGGAUGACCUCGCAGCGGUGGUCGGAGCUCAAGCAGCUGUUCGAGUUCUGGAUCCGGUCGCUCGACGCCUCGGGGAAGCCCAACAAGCCCGAUGUCCACCUAUACAACCACUACCUCAGGGCGAAUUUGAUGUUGGAUGCGAACCCCGGGGAACUCCUCGAUCUCGUGGCCCAGAUGCAGGAGUACCAGAUCGCGCCGAACACCGCAUCCUACAACCUGGUUCUCAAGGCCAUGUACCAGGCGAGGGAGGGCGAGGCCGCCGAGAAGUUGAUCGAUCGGAUGCUGCAGACAGGGACUUUGCCAGACGAUGAAUCAUAUAAUUUGGUCAUCGGCCUUCUACUUCUGUUGAAUAAGAUUGAUUCUGCCUUGAAAUAUUUGGAUUUGGCGCUGAAAUCUGGUUUCAUGAUGUCAUCAAGUGUUUUUGAGGAUUGUAUACGGAGUUGUGUAACUGCUGGGAGAUUGGACGCCUUAUCAUCUAUCAUAGAGAGAUGCAAGACAACAGAUCAGAACAAAGCCCUGUGCCCAAACUGGUACUUGUGCAACUACACUGCCGAUGCUGCAUUGCAAACAGAUAAUGGCAAAUUAGCCUUCUUGGCCUUACAAUUUCUAGUUCGAUGGAUUGCUCGUGGUAAAAAUGCUAGUCCGCCUGUUCUUCUUUCGGUGGACGAGGGCUUAGUUAUCUCAGCACUUGGCACUGCUGGUAGAACGUAUAACACUACCCUUGUAGAUGCUGCUUGGUCGAUCUUGCGGGGAUCCUUACGGAAGAAAAAGGCAGCAAAUCCUGAGACUUACCUUGCGAAGAUAUAUGCGCAUGCGUCACUAGGGCAGCUUCAGCGAGCUUUCAGUACGCUAAACGAGUUUGAAAAUGUUUAUGGAAAUUCAGGGGAAGUUGAUCAGGAGCUCUUCUCACCUUUCACUUCUUUAUAUCCAUUGGUUGUGGCUUGCUGCAAAAAUGGUUUCUCAACACUAGACUCGGUGUAUGUACAAUUGGAGAACUUGAGCCAUGCAGAUCCUCCUUACAGGUCUGUUGCUGCUCUUAAUUGUGUCAUAUUAGGUUGUGCAAAUAUAUGGGAUCUUGAACGGGCGUAUGAAACUUUCGAAGCUAUAAAGGAAAAGAUGGAACUGACACCUGAUGUACAUUCUUACAAUGCCCUGAUGUGUGCAUUUGGAAAGCUGAAAAAGACAGCUGAAGCUUCUAAUGUGUUCGGGCAUAUGGUAAGCGUCGGUGUAAAGCCAAAUGCAAUGAGUUAUUCAUUACUUGUCGAUGCUCACCUUGUUAACCGUGAUCCCAAAGCCUCCCUUGCCGUAAUAGAUGAGAUGGUGGAAGCAGGGUUUACUCCUUCAAAGGAGACACUCAGAAAGGUACGAAGACGAUGCUCUCGAGAAUCAGACUUUGAUAGCGACGAGCGUGUACAAUCCCUUGCUCAGAAGUUCAAAUACCGAAUGGGUGGUGAAAAUCGUAGGGAGAUGCUUUAUGAGCUUCAGUACAGUGCGGACUAUUAGGAAAAGGCUGCGCAUGUCUGAUUGUAGGCUGUUUCGGAAACGCAAACCAUCCUUGUUUGUAUAUUACUUUGUUCGUUUCAAUUUUGGCCAAUAGUGAAUGUGGCGUAUGUAGGUUUCUAAGCUUGCACUUUAUAUCUCUACAUUCCUAGGUGCAGCAAUCUUUUUACUAAUAAUUCAGAUAAUUUGUUUCCAAAAAUGAAGCUACGAAAUAUUUGAUGUACAAGGGAACUAUCGAGUAUCGACUUUCACUUUUUCCAUUUUCACUGCUUUAUUGUACUCCGACUUUGCUUCACUUGCUUUUAUAUUCUGAAAUCAUUUAAGCACUGUCCACUACCGUGUAAUAAAGACUUCAUAGACUAGGCUGUGUAAAAAGAUGAUUUUGCUUC